AAGAACUGAAGCAUGAGAUCCUGGAACGACUGGCAGAGAGCAUUUACACAUAUACAGCAUAUCCAGAUAAUGCUCAGUUUGAGAACGUUGCUGCAGCAAUGAUAAACAAGCACCCAUGUCUCCAGGAACGAGGCUCAACCAGUCGCUGUGGUGGUUGGAAAAACAGUCUAAAAUUCAAAAUGGGAAAUUACAGAACAAAGUGCAGAAGAUCCGGAUGCCUUGAUGUUGCUGUGAAUGCAGGUAAACGGGGAGCGCAUUCGGCAGAAGGAGAACCAGCUAAGAAAAAUAUUAAGAAAGCAAAAAAAGGAGAACUCAACUACUUGCCCAACUUUCCAGAGGGAUUUGAUCAGUCAUCCCUUGAGGGUGCCCGCAAAGACUUAGUUGAUGAAAUGCAGAAGAGAGAACCAAAUGGAAAACCUGUGAAACAGAUGAUGGACUUGACAUUUGCUUUGAGAAGAAAAGAGGUGGUGGACUCUGAACCUGCCAUAAGCACGAUGAUGGAACGCUGGCCUGCUCUAUUCAUAGAAGACCAGAUCUACAUGGAGUUCAGAAGGAUUGUGGGAAAGGACCUCAAAAAAGAAUUCUUUGAUGGCAUCGAUCGGCACAGUCCUCGUCUUGUUGAAAUAUUUCGAUGUAAGAGAGGAAUCAUUGGGCAGCAGUUGACUCAGCUAUCACAAGAGACCAAGACUACAGAGCCAACAGAUAUUCGUACAAUGAUGCUCAGAGGCCUUCCCAUCCUUCUUCAGGACAACCCCAACGACUUUUUCAAAGCUUGCUUUGACUCUGAUGAUGAUGAUUCCUACCAACACAUCGACAUUGGGAUCCUUCUUGUUGAGCAGGAAGGUGCAAUGCUGUCAUCUUCCAUGCAUCUCUAUCCAGCAUCUUUGAAGAUAGUCAUUGAGGGAAAAGUGGUGAUGGGGAACAUUGAAGACCUGCCGAGGGCUGUUUGUCUUCUAUUUGGACUUGCAUACGCACUUCACCUCAACUACCCCAAGUCGAUGAAGCACACAUUCCAGUUCAUUCAACAGGUACUUCUAUCGUUGGGCCAGAGUGCGUUAAAACCAAGGUUGCAAACACUGAAAAACCAACUUCAAAUGUAAUGAUCCUAAGUGAAGGUCACUGUGUCAAUGUGGUUUAGGUCAGUUCAUAUUCAAUGGAUGGUCUCAAAAAAGGCCAUGCACCCACAAAAACUCCAAAUCCACAAGUUGCUUUGCCCUUUCUACAUGACUGUAUCUGUAAAAAAAAUUCUGUGUGUAUAUUUCUGACUGUAGUUUUCUAACGAACAUAAAUGAAGAUGUUAGCACUAGAUGUAUAAUAUGUAUAAUUAUAUAUAAAGUUUCGGUCUCAUAUGGACAAAUCCACAAGCUUGGUGUCUGGCUACAUGUGAAUAGCACAUAACAAAACACAAUUUCGCACUCGGACACGCACUUGACCCCAGCUAGUGACAUCAUCACUUUCAGCCAUCUGGUGCUGCUGACUGCAUAGCCAUGAUGACAUAACUAACUCACCUGUGCCCACUGAGGCAGGAAAGCUUUAUAAAAUUGGAAUUUAUAGAAUUAGUUGUCAACUACAACACAAGCUUCAAAUAACUUAAUUCCCCCUCGUCACGAUUGAUAGAGGAAACGUAAAACAGCUUUUUGUUAUUUUGUAUUAUACAAGACUUUAUUUAAGUUUAAUGACAGACAGUCAUGUCCAGCCAUGUGUGUUCCAUGGUACAAUAUGUGUUGUGGUGUAUGCUCAGGACUGAAUAUUGUGUUCACCUGAUUGGAAAAUUGACACGGUUUAUCUGGCCUUCUCCAGUCAGUUUAAGUUUUAGAGGCUUGUAGCCAGUUUAUAUGUCCUGUUGUUUAUACAUACAUCAGAUUGUUAAAUGCUUUGUUUUAUAAUCCCUCUCAAACUAAUUUUUAUUUAGUUUAUUCAAGCUAUUUGAGAACGAUUGUCAUGGGUGGUUUACUUGCCUUAGUUUAUAACAGUACUUCUAGCAACAGUGGAAGAGGCCGAUUACGCUUUGUUGUUUAUUGUUCUAAUAGGUGGACAAAAGUCAAAAAUGUCAACACUGACUCAGUGUUUAUUACUUUGUGGUAUGUAAAAACUGAUAUAAGUAAAACAAAUGUUCAGCCACUUGUAUUGUACAGUGCAAGAUACAGAGGUGUAUGUUUGACUGCAUUUGGUACUCAGUUGAUUUAAUACAAUCUCUAAAACAGUGUUACAUUUUUAUUUCCAGUUUAGUUAAGUCACUGAUGUAUGGGUCAUAAUGUUUACAAGGAUAUAGCAGCUAUUGUUAUACAGUACGUCUGUGAUCCUUCACCAAACAAAGUGUUACAGGCAGUUUUUUUGUAUUACUGUAAUACAUUUGAAAUGUUUUUUCAAGAAUAAAAUACAUUGGAGCAUUUA